GUAGCUGGGACUCCAGAAGAUCGAGUCAGAGCAAGACCGAGAGCAGCAAGACCAAGAGCAUCUCGCCUAAAGACUUGCGCCAGCAUCCGAAGAUAAGAGCAGUAAAGAACAGUGAAACCAACAGGUGUGAGCUCCAUCCUCCGUCCGUCUCCCAUCCAUCCAUCCAUCCGACGUCCUCACCACCCACCCAGAGAACAGAAUCAUGAACGUUGACACAGCGCUGUGGGGGGUCCUGGUAGGUCUGAUCCUAGCCAUGGCUGGGGUGGGUCAGUGUCUGCAGGAGGAGAGGGCUGUGGAGAACAACAAUCUGCCAGGGGAAUCAGGAGAGGUGCUGGCACUGGAGGGCGAGCGCGUGGAAGGGUUUAAUGAGUUGGACGAUCGUCUCCUAGCCGCUGUGAUUCACUCUCUGCUCCAGAGAAACACCAGGAACCCCUCCGUUCUCCACCAGCCUCAGAGGUUUGGUCGUGACAGCAGAGGACACUUGAUGAUGGAGGACAGGAUACAGUCCAGAGACUGGGAGCAGGCUCCAGGACAUAUCUGGGGCAUGGCUGUGCCGCAGAGAUUUGGCAAGAAAUAGGCUUUGGUUGAGACUCAACAUCUCACUCACAUCUCUGCUGGUAAUAAAGAAUGUGGUUCAACACCCAGAAAAUAUAGGUUGAAAGUAAAAUAUGGACUCAUACAUUAUCCAGUAGAUAAAUGUUCUCUCUCCCUAACCUGCUGAGUUCCAUUCCAUUAAGCUGUAUAGAACUAGGAGAUCUUGGAAACUAGUAAACACCCACCACUUCUCUCAGAUUUUAGCAGUGCUGAUUGGUGCAUAUUGGAAAUCUGGGAGAAAGUUGAAAACAGAGUAGGUGCGCUUGAUUUAUCACGCCACAUAUUGGGGCGACCUGAAAUCAAGUGCACCUAAAGUUAGAGCUGCUGUAAAUUGGCAGCGUACUUUUGAUCGUUGCUCUGCCAUUCUCUGUUGAACCAAUAAAGGCUUCUGACUUGACAGUGUCUGUUAUGAGUGUUAUGGGUGAUUGGAGAGGGUAAAUAUUGACUCAAUGUGAGCCUGAAGAGUGUAUAGACUAUUAUUAGUGUAUAUUAGUGUAUAGACCCUAGAGUUUCUCUGAUCCACUUCUGUUGAGCCACAAGCUAGGUUUCCGUCCAACUGGCAACAGAUUUUGAUGCGAAUAUUAUAAAACCUGCAUUAAAAACAAUAUGUGUUUCCAUCUAAUUGACUUGUUGCCGAUUAAAAGGCCGUGUGUGACGACAUUGUGCACAUGAAAAUACAUUUUUGCAGGUUAAAUUACACUGAAAAAAAACCAAACAAGUUAAAUGGGUUUCUGUUGCAUUUUCCAAGUAUACUGAUGGUUUUGUCAGAAGAAAAACGAUUUAAAUCACGACCCCCCUCUGGUGUUGACACAUGAGCUCUAAGCCAUCAGCUCACAGAUACAGUGUAGGUAUAGCCUAUAUGAUGAGAUUAUUAGGGACAAAAGAGUCAGAUUAUUUUCAUUUGUCAAACGGUAGCCAAGUAUCAUGUCACCGGAAUAAAACCCGGGAUAUUUAUCGUAAAGGAGCAUCAAUCUCAUCACCUUGUACUUUCACCACCUUGUGAAGUUCAUCACAAUUCAUUUAAUCUGUAGCCAAAUAAACUUCAUGCUUUCCUGAGUGGUAGUGGGAGGACAGUGGGGGUAAAGUACUUAAGUAAAAAUACUUUAAAGUACUUCUUAAGAGGUAUCUGUACUUUACUAUU